AUCAUUUCAUCUGUCAUAAAAGAUUAAGCAGGAGAUGAAAACUCCAAGGUCUUCAAGAAACCCAUUUAUUGCCUUCCAUCUCCUUGGCCAAUUUUCCUCCGUCCAACCACCGCCCCUUCAUUCAAUUUUGUUUGCCGCCCCAUUAUAAAACAUACCCAUUUCUCUGCAACUGAUCAUAAAUCCAAGAAAACCAAAAUUGACCCAUCGCCAUGGACACAAUCGAGCACAGAACUGUGAGCGUUAAUGGCAUAAACAUGCACAUAGCCGAGAAGGGUGAAGGCCCAAUUGUUCUUCUCAUCCAUGGCUUCCCAGAGCUUUGGUAUGCAUGGCGCCAUCAGAUUUUGGCCUUGAGCUCACUUGGGUAUCGCGCUGUGGCGCCGGAUCUUCGUGGCUAUGGCGAUUCUGAUGCCCCUGAUUCCAUUUCUAGCUAUUCUAUUAUGCAUAUUGUCGGGGAUCUUGUCGCUCUUGUGGAGAGUCUUGGGGUUAAGGAAGUUUUUGUUGUGGCGCAUGAUUGGGGCGCUUUGAUCGCAUGGUGUUUGUGUUUAUUCCGAGCGGAGAUUGUUAAGGCUUUUGUGUGUCUAAGUGUGCCGUUUAGGCCUAGGCAUCCGUACAUGAAGCCUGUUGAGACCAUGAGGAAGUUUUUUGGAGAUGAUUACUAUAUCUGCAGAUUCCAGAAUCCAGGAGAGAUUGAAGAAGAGAUGGCUCAGGUGGGUGCCAAAGAAGUACUGAAAGGAAUAUUGACAACAAGAAGACCAGGCCCUCCCAUUUUGCCCAAAGGACAAGCCUUCAGAGCCAGGCCUGGAUCCUCGUCUCCCUUACCCUCUUGGCUUUCAGAAGAAGAUCUUUCUUACUUUGCCUCCAAAUAUGAGCAGAAGGGCUUCACUGGACCAUUGAACUAUUACAGAUCGAUGGACUUAAACUGGGAGCUGACAGCCCCAUGGACAGGGGUGCAAGUGAAAGUGCCAGUAAAGUUCAUAGUUGGAGAUGCUGACAUGGUCUAUACAACACCAGGGAUUAAGGAGUAUGUCAAUGGUGGAGGUUUCAAGAAAGAUGUGCCAUUUCUGCAAGAAGUUGUGAUAAUGGAGGGAGUUGGCCAUUUCCUCAACCAGGAGAAGCCUGAAGAGAUUAGCACUCACAUCCAUGACUUCAUAAGAAAAUUCUGAGUCUCAUUCAACAAAGAUUAUAGAAAGUUUUUACUUUUACAAAAUACGUGGUGUGUUUUUUCAGUUUAUGGUGUUUGUUUCUUCUUUUAAGUGAUUAGUAUAGUAUGUUUGAGAGUCCAGAUGGUUGUUUUGUAUGGGAGUUACUUUUUACAAAAUGUAUGUUUUGCAAAAUGAAAGUUGUUCCUAAACAUAUAUGGUGCUUGAUAAUCUUUCAUGGA